UCUCACUCGCUCACACUCGGUGCUCGCGGCCUCCCGCUAUAUGCUGCGUCGCACCGGCAGCGGCAGCGCCGGCAUUGCUGCUAGUGAAGGUGGCUGCCAUAGGAGGGUGUAGCUUGGCAGGGGACGGGGUGUAGCGCGGGCGUGAGCGGAGAUGGCCGGGCGUGAACGGAGCGCGCGCGCAGUGGCGUCGCCGCCGCCGCCGCCGCCGCUGACCAACGAGCUGUCGCGCAGGACGCCGGUGCUGGGGCUGCGCCUGUGGGUGCUCGUCGGCCUCGCCGUCGGCGCCGCCUUCCUGCUCCUCCUCGCGCUCGUCUCCGUCCACCUCGCGGUGGCCGCGCGGCGGCGCCGUCCCAAGGGGAAGGCGGCGCCGGCGCCGCUGUCGCCCGCGACCAUCCCGCCGGUGUCCAAGGAGAUCCAGGAGGUGGCCGUCCACGUGGGCUCCCUCCGCCACUACCUCGAGAUGGGCGCCGCGUACCUCAAGGACGGCGGCGGCAAGGACGGCGGCGACUCGCUGUGCGGCAGCGUGGCGCACGGGUCGCAGCGCGUGCACAUCGAGGCCGGCAAGGACCGGCGCAUGGUGGCGGCGUGCGCGGACGCGGAGGCCGGGUCCGUGCAGUCCGACCCGGCGUCGGCGUCGUCCGUGGGGGCGGGCCCCGGGCCCGAGGUGUCGCACCUCGGGUGGGGCCACUGGUACACGCUCCGCGAGCUGGACGAGGCCACCGCCGGCUUCGCCCACGACCGCGUCGUCGGCGAGGGCGGCUACGGCAUCGUCUACCUCGGCGUCUUCGCCGACGGCCGCCAGGUCGCCGUCAAGAACCUUCUCAACAACAGGGGACAGGCGGAGAGGGAGUUCACGGUGGAGGUGGAGGCGAUCGGCCGCGUCCGCCACAAGAACCUCGUCCGGCUGCUGGGCUACUGCGUCGAGGGAGCGCACCGGAUCCUGGUGUACGAGUACGUCGACAAUGGCAACCUGGAGCAGUGGCUCCACGGCGACGUCGGGCCCGUCAGCCCGCUCUCCUGGGACGCCCGGAUGGACAUCGUGCUCGGCACGGCCAAAGGGAUCACGUACCUGCACGAGGGGCUGGAGCCCAAGGUGGUGCACAGGGACAUCAAGUCGAGCAACAUACUGCUGGACAAGCGGUGGAGCUCCAAGGUCUCCGACUUCGGCCUCGCCAAGCUCCUCGGCUCCGACAGCAACUACGUCACUACCAGGGUCAUGGGAACAUUUGGCUACGUGGCGCCGGAGUACGCGAGCACCGGCAUGCUGAACGAGAGGAGCGACGUGUACAGCUUCGGGGUGCUCAUCAUGGAGAUCAUCUCCGGCCGAUGCCCGGUCGACUACGCCAGGCCUCCCACGGAGGUGAAUCUGGUGGAGUGGCUGAAGAAGAUGGUGAGCAACAGGGACUACGAGGCCGUCCUGGACCCCAAGCUGCCGGAGAAGCCGUCGUCCAAGGCCCUGAAGAAGGCGCUCCUGGUGGCGCUGAGGUGCGUGGAUCCCGACUCGCAGAAGCGGCCCAAGAUGGGGCACGCCAUCCACAUGCUCGAGGUCGACGACUUCCCCUACCGAGAGGACCGUCGGACUCUGCGGCCGUGCCAAGGCAGUCCCCUGGAGAAAUCGAGGAAGCCGGUGACAGAAUCAGGCCACAGCAGCUGCUACGAUGGCAACAGCAGCACCGCUGCCACCACGCCGUCCAGGUUCCAGUAGGGCUAGUUGGCUAUGGCUCGCACGUCCUAGGGUUUUUGAUCGUUGUCAAUCACAAUGCCUGUGGCGUUCAGCUCUAGGCAGCUUGGAAACGCAGUGUUGUAACUUGUUUUUUGUCAGUGUCGUUCUUACUCCCGUUUCUGCUGCCUCGUACUAGUUUUGUGGAAGCCCUGGUUGAUCUGUCGAGGGUGUAGGUCAGCUAUAUCCUCGGUGAAAAGUUUCCCCUGGUUUGUCUGCUCUUUGUAGGUGUUGCAUGCACACCCCCUGCUUCUGUGAUUGACAUAGCUUGCCGGACUGUUGUAUAGUGAUUUUUACUCUUGUGUCAGAACGUUUCUCGCUCGUCUCUUGUGUACAAAACUGUGAGUUCUACU